UUACUCUGGGUAAUAUAACGAAAACGCUGGGCUGGCAGUUGUACGGAAACCGUGUAUUCGAGCUGUUCGUCGAGUUGUUGAAGCAGCGCCUCUAUAGCCGGAGAACUUGAGCUAAACUUGUACUCGAUUUCGCGACAACAAAAAAAAAACUCGUAACUAGGCUUUUAUGUUCAGUGUUUGGAUUUCAGUGCUUCGCUUUGAGUGCAGCUGGUGUUCUUAAUAGGAAAUUUCCGGUUUUCUUUCGUCCUAUCGUUCUCUCAUCGUCGGUUGCUGUUCGAGAGUGUCUUAUAUUUUGUGGUGUGGUGGAAUGAUAGGGUGAAACAUUUUGUUGUAGUGGAAAGGAGUAUAGAGACGUACUUUGUAUAAAAAAUGGGAUUUAUUAUUGUCGUAGUUCGGGCGUAAGAUGUACCCCAGCAGUGCACAAAUGAAUGCAGCAGCAGCAGCGGCGGCCGUAGUGGCCGCAAGACAUCCUGGACCUCCGCAAGCAGGACAGCCCUUCAAGUUCACUGUUAGCGAGUCAUGCGAUAGAAUAAAAGAAGAAUUUAAUUUUUUACAAGCCCAAUAUCACAAUUUGAAACUAGAAUGUGAAAAAUUAGCUAGCGAAAAAAUAGAAAUCCAGAGACAUUACGUGAUGUAUUACGAAAUGUCCUACGGACUUAACGUAGAAAUGCACAAACAGACUGAAAUAGCGAAAAGACUGAACGCCAUAAUUGCACAAAUUCUCCCUUUUUUAUCCCAAGAGCACCAGCAACAAGUUGCUAGUGCAGUCGACAGAGCAAAACAAGUUACCAUGACAGAAUUAAAUGCCAUAAUUGGGCAACAACGUCCGGAUCUACCCCGAUUGCUGCAGCAAAUGCAUGCCCAACAAAUCCCUGCUCAUGCAGCCCCCCCAAUUCCCAUGAUGCCCCAUCCUGGAUUAGGAGGAGCACCUCCAAACACAGCCGCAAGCAUCUUAGGGCUUUCAGGAGCCCUUGGAGCCCCUGGGCAGCAUCCCUUAUCAAUGUUUGCUGCAAAGCCGGACCUUCAUCGUUCGGAUGAUGUUAAGUCGGGCAGUGGGAUGAAUUCUGCCGAAGAAAGACAUAGAAGUUCAAUAUCGCCAGCCGAAAGGGAAAAGUACAGGUCGAGAACACCGUCAGAGCCUGAACACAAAAAGGUCAAAAAGGAAGAAAAGGAUUUGGGACACGUAAGUACUAAAAAUAGCGACGGAGAGAAAAGUGACCAGGACCUAAUAGUUGAUGACCCAUCGGAUGAUCCAAUUUCGCCAGCUAAUGGCACGCAGUCCCCAAGGGAAAACGGUCUCGAUAAAUUGUCGUCAAAAAAGGAACACCUGGGACCCCAUAGUCCACGUUCUGGAACUUCAAGUAAUGCCUCGACCCCCUCUGCGAAGAAAAUCGAAAAUGAGAAACCCUCGACGCCUAUUUCGAAAUCGGUAACACCAACUUCCGGAAGUUCGGGCGGUUCAACUGCCGGAAAUAGUGGAAUUAAAUCGUCAUCAAAGCCACCUUCUAUAGCACAGUAUCCCCCAUAUAUGGCUGCAAUGGCCAAUGGUACACCACAUGAUCUCCAAGCUCCUGCAGCUAGCGCUGGUCCCUAUGGCCCUUUACACAACAAUAUACCGCCAGCUUUAAGUAAUUAUUCACGGCCGUCCUUGCAAGUUGGUUACGAUCCACAUUCUCAAGUAAGAGCCCCCAUAGUUCCGGGUAUAGGGGGAAUCCCUGGUGGCAAACCGGCUUAUUCAUUUCACGUCAGUGCCGAUGGGCAGAUGCAGCCUGUACCAUUUCCUCCGGAUGCUUUAAUGGGCCCCAGCAUACCCAGACACGCGAGGCAAAUCAAUACGUUAAACCAUGGUGAAGUGGUAUGCGCUGUUACCAUUUCCAAUCCUACGAAGUACGUUUACACCGGAGGAAAAGGAUGCGUUAAAGUGUGGGACAUUAGUCAACCGGGGGCCAAAAGUCCCGUUUCUCAACUGGACUGUUUGCAAAGAGACAAUUACAUCAGAUCUGUGAAACUGUUACCUGACGGAAGAACCCUCAUAGUUGGGGGUGAAGCAAGUAACUUAUCAAUUUGGGACCUGGCAACUCCUACACCUCGCAUCAAAGCAGAGUUAACUUCAAGUGCGCCCGCGUGUUACGCUUUGGCUAUCAGUCCCGAUUCGAAAGUGUGCUUUAGUUGUUGUUCAGACGGGAACAUAGCCGUUUGGGACCUCCACAAUCAGACUUUAGUGCGACAAUUUCAAGGACACACAGACGGGGCUUCAUGCAUUGAUAUAUCAGCGGAUGGUACCAAACUUUGGACCGGUGGUUUGGACAACACCGUGAGAAGUUGGGACCUUAGGGAAGGAAGGCAAUUACAACAACACGACUUCAGCUCCCAGAUUUUCUCUUUGGGCUACUGUCCUAUGGGAGAGUGGUUGGCCGUUGGUAUGGAGAAUUCGAACGUCGAAGUUUUGCAUGCCACGAAACCGGACAAAUACCAAUUGCAUUUACACGAAAGUUGUGUUCUUAGUUUACGAUUUGCCGCUUGCGGAAAGUGGUUCGUUUCUACGGGUAAAGACAACCUCCUCAACGCCUGGAGGACUCCAUAUGGUGCUAGUAUUUUCCAAUCCAAAGAAACCUCCAGUGUUCUAAGUUGCGACAUAUCCGCGGACGACAAAUACAUAGUAACCGGAUCUGGUGAUAAGAAAGCGUCAGUGUAUGAAGUUAUUUACUGAAACAGGUAACGUCGAAAAUAAUUGUAAAUACUGUAAUAAAAAUAUUCUGUGAUUAAAAGAGAAAUUGUUUUUUUAAGUUUGAAUAAAAAUAAAUAUUAGUUAAGUCAACUUUUUAUAGUUUUGUAAUAACUUGAAUGACCGAGAAAAUAUUUAUUUAGUUGUAUUUUGUUUACGUUAAUGUAGCUGAGGAAAUUUGUAACAAAAAAGCAAUUUUGCAGCGGUUUGUAAAGCUCUACCAGAAUAUCAGAAGUAUUUAGUUCGAGAUAAAAUAAAGAAUAUUUUCAGUUAUAAACUAAAUGUUUAAUACGAAUAAAAAAGUCUUAGAUUUUUUAAA